AUGACGCUCACACCUGCACGCGCGCACUGUCCCGUUCCCACGACCCCCCCUCCUCUUUCUCUCCCCCCUCUCCCCCGCUGCACACGCGCCUCACACCUGCACAAAGCGCUCGCGUUUGGGGUAGCUCACCUCCUGGGGGCGCGUGUCGGGGACAAAAGGCGCACGCGGUGUGGCGUGUGCCGCCGCUUUGAUGUCUCCCCCUCACGUGGCGCUGCUCUGUCAGAUGUCUCUCUCUCCUCCCUCUCCAAACUGGCUCCUCUAGACCUGGAGGAGCAGCGAGCCCUCAGCUCUCCGCACGGCAGCAGUUCUUACGUUGACCCUGUGGAGACUCAGACACUUCUCUGCCGCUCAUAUUUUGACGCACGCUCUGGACGCGUCGCACUGACUCCGGGCUCCAUGGCGCGGCUACAUCUGCCGUGUGUCGCGCUGCUGCUUUGCGCGCAGUCGGUCUUUGCUUCGGGCGUGUUCGAGCUGAGGAUCGACUCGUUUCGCAGCUCGCGGGGGGUCUGUGCCGCCGCCGACUGCCAUGUCUUCUUCCGCAUCUGCCUCAAACACACUCAGGACGUCAUCAACCCCGAGCCGCCGUGCACUUACGGCACCAAACUCACCGACAUCUACCACAUCCACGCUGUGCCCGGGAACGCCGCCAUCCUCAUCCCCUUCCACUUCAAAUGGCCGGGAACAUUCUCUCUCAUCGUGGAGGCGUGGAAAGCCGAGUCUGCCGAGUCCGAAUCCACCGAGAACCAGAACAACCUUCUGACGCGUCUGGCCACGGGGCGCACUCUGAGCGUGGCGCAGGACUGGGCGCAGGACGUUCACUACGGUGACAGCAGCGAGCUCCGCUUCUCGUACCACGUCGUCUGCAGUGACUUCUACCACGGCGAGGCCUGUGCCGCCUACUGCCGCCCGCGCAACGACACCUUCGGCCACUACACAUGCGGCGCUGACGGAGCCCGCACCUGUCUCCAGGGCUGGACCGGGGACUACUGCGCUGACCCGAUCUGCGCGCCGGGCUGCAGUGGUCUCCAUGGUUACUGCGAGGUGCCGGGAGAGUGUGUGUGUCAUCAGGGAUGGCAGGGGGCGCUGUGUGAGGAGUGUGCACGUCACCCAGGCUGCGUGCACGGAACCUGCACCCAGCCCUGGCAAUGCAACUGCAAAGAGGGCUGGGGAGGCCUCUACUGCGACCAAGACCUGAACUACUGCACCAACCACCGGCCGUGUCAGAACGAGGCGUCCUGCACCAACACUGGACAGGGCAGCUACACCUGCAGCUGCAAACCCGGAUUCACCGGAACCAACUGUGAGAUGGAGACCAACGAAUGUGACAGCAACCCCUGCAAGAACGGAGGCAGCUGCAGCGAUUUGGUCAACGACUACUCCUGCACCUGCCCUCAAGGAUUCUACGGGAAGAACUGUGAGAUUAGUGCCAUGACCUGUGCCGACUGGCCGUGCUUCAACGGAGGGACCUGCGCAGAGAACCAAGAUGGCGGCUACAGCUGCAGGUGCCUCCUGGGCUUUACCGGCUCCAACUGUGAGAAAAAACUAGACCGCUGCAGCUCCAACCCCUGCGCUAACGGUGCCCAGUGUUUGGACGUCGGUAACCGCUUUGUGUGCCGCUGCCGUCCUGGCUUCUCCGGACUUAGAUGCGACACCAACAUCGACGACUGCGCUAGCAACCCCUGCAAGAACUCCGGCACGUGUCUGGACGGCAACAACGACUUCGCCUGUUCCUGUACGCUAGGCUACACCGGCAAAGACUGCUCCAUCCGGGACAGCCCCUGCACCAGCUUCCCUUGCGCCAACGGAGGAACUUGCUUCGCCCAUUUCACCGGCCCGGUUUGCCAAUGUCCUGCGACGUACAUGGGAGCUAGGUGUGAAUUUGAAGUCCAGACCGAAGUAGAGGCACCAAAACUGGCCUUGAACCCCACUCCGGUCAUGAUGGUAGCUUUCGCGUUGGGGUUUGUCACUCUCGCUUUGCUGAUGGCCACUGCGGUUUUCAUUCUCCGUCAGCUUCGGAAAGGUUCGCUUCUAGCCGCUACUACCUCGGUGAAAAACGAUUUGGACUCGGUGAACAAUCGGAGCGCGGUGAUUGGCGGCGGUGGGACGCAAAACAACGGAGCUAGCAUGAAAGAGAAAGAGCAUUUCCUUAUCCCAGGCCCUCAUGUCAAAGUGUCCAAUAAGAAAGCAGCGCUGGAGAUGGCUAACGACGGCUACAAGAGCAAAAUGGCGGAUUCCAAGCUAGCAAAAGACGACAAGAACGUGCUGGAUUUUAAAAAGCGUGAGUCGGCAAUCCUCGUUCCUCAGACGAAUCUUGGGAAAGAAAACUUGUACCAUCCUACUUAUAUAAUUCCGGACCAUUUGGACCAUUGUGUUGUUGCUACGGAGGUCUGA